AUAUACUGUAAGAUUAUUUGGUUUCACUGUUUAUAAAAGUCUAUCCACACGUCUCAAGAAAAUCACUUUAAAACAAAUUGUUCAGGUUAAUAUUUUACAUAUUGAUCCCAUCGUUACAUUAACUUACUAAAGUAAUACCGACCAGUUUCCAAGAUUAUCAAAAUGAAACUUAUAUAUGUUAUAGCAUCAUUUGCCAUGGUAAACUUUUGUGUUGCUGUAUUAGAUAAACAUACUAAGAAGGUUAUCCAAACAAACAUCCAUAUACAGCUGGUAGAAGAUCACCUGCCAAAAAUAAUGAGAAAAGUUAUUCUUGACAAGCAGCAAAAAAGGAAAAACAUGGAGCUAUUAACUCUGUGGUUUUCAGCACCGGAAAGACCAAUCGAGAGCCUAACGAUAAUGAAUUUGUUAAUAGCUCAAACUGACCAUAGUGAGGAGUUGGCACGUUUGCAGGCAUUCUUGCAAAAUGAGAUAAAGGAAAUAACAGAAAUCAAGGAACCUCGAAUACCCAAAUACGCGCCUUAUGAAAACCUCACUCUGGAAAAAUUGGGAGAAGAUAGAAGAGAAUUAACUUUAGUGGCUGUAAAAAAAUUAAUAAAUUCUACGUUAGAUGGUAAAGACCUCGACUUUAAUGAAAGUUAUCCAGGUUUUGGCAAUUAUUGUCGGUUAUUAGGAUUGUUCAAGUCGAUUGAAAACCCAGGGUCAUAUGUAUAUUCCGCUGAAGUCGAAGAUAUAAGAAAUCAAAAUACUGGUUUAGUCGAAAAAAGACAGUGUGUUAUAAAAGCUGUAAACGCCGGUGAAAUCAGAUACGAAUACUUAGGUGGACAACUUUGGCAACUUCAAUUCAAUGAUAGUGGUCCUCCAUAUUAUUCACUUGCUUCUCAAACACUAUAUUGUUGAUCAGAUAUAAUAAUAAUAGCUUGUUUUGUAGUACUGUUAAUAUUAUAGAAAAAUAAUUUUUCAUACCUUCAAAAUUGUCAACACAUUUAUUAAAUUAAAAAAUACACAGUUUUAAUCACGAUUAGAAAAA